AUUCGAAAGACAUUCUAGUACGAAUGUGUGCCAGCCUUCCUUCAAACGUUAGGAAUGCCCUGUCCUGUCAUUUAUCUACGCAAUGGGCAUGAAUCAUGUUCCACCCACUCCAAAACUCCCCUGUCCCAUCCCAACAGCGAGGAUAGAGCGUGAGGAACUUUCUCAUUUUCUAAUCUGUGAGCGCUUCACCGCAAGCUUAUCAUGCUGCUCUGGUUGGUGGGCUACCUUGUCCACAUUCUCGCAGCUCGUGCCAAGACCCUCAAUUAUGAAUGGAACAUCACUUGGGUGUCGGCCAAUCCAGAUGGCUUGCAAGAACGUCCUGUGAUUGGGAUCAAUGGCCAAUGGCCCCUUCCCGUGCUCAAUUUUACCCUCGGCGAUCGAGUGGUCGCCAAGGUAUACAACGCGUUGGGUAAUGAAUCGACCAGUAUUCAUUGGCAUGGCUUUUUCCAGAAUGGAACGACUCAUAUGGAUGGUGCUCCAAGUAUCACGCAGUGCGACAUUGCCCCAGGCUCCACUUUCGUCUAUAAUUUCACGGUCGAUCAAACUGGUACAUACUGGUAUCACUCGCAUGCUCGGGGGCAGUAUCCGGACGGACUACGACAGGCUCUAGUUAUCAAAGGCGCUGACGAGCCAUAUGCGGGUCUCUAUGAUGAGGAGCGCAUCAUUACACUAUCGGAGUGGUAUCAUGACCCCAUGCCAACACUGCUCAAGCAGUUUAUCAGUGUCUUGAAUCCUACCGGAGCAGAACCCGUGCCAAAGUCGGCCCUCAUGAAUGAUACUCAGAACUUGACUCUAGCGGUUGAGCCGGGAAAAACUUACCUGUUUCGACUAGUCAACGUGGCGGCUUUCGCAAGCCAGUAUUUCUGGAUCGAAGGCCAUACCAUGAAGAUUGUGGAGAUUGACGGAGUGUGGACCGAACCAGCAGAGGCCAGUAUGAUUUAUAUUACCGCCGCGCAACGCUACAGUUUCUUGGUCACAAUGAAAAAUGACACAAGCAAGAACUAUGCUAUGGUGGGCAGCAUGGAUACCGACCUUUUCGAUACACUCCCUCCGACACUGAAUUACAAUGUUACAGGAUGGUUGGUCUACGAUGAGAAGGCUAACAAGCCCUCUCCGACAGACAUCUCAUCGUUCGAUCCCUACGACGACUUCAACCUUGUACCCGUCGAUGGCGAGAAAUUAUUGGGAGACCCCGACUAUACCGUCACCCUGGAUCUUACCAUGGAUAACUUGGGAGACGGUGCUAAUUAUGCCUUCUUCAACGGCAUAACGUAUAUUAUGCCCAAAGUACCCACACUUUACACGGCACUGUCCACCGGAUCAGCUGCGACGAAUUCUACUAUAUACGGAUACAAUACCAACGCCUUCGUGCUGAACAAAGGGGAUAUUAUCGAUCUUGUUUUAAACAACGACGACACUGGAAAGCAUCCUUUUCAUCUUCACGGUCAUAAUUUCCAAGUCAUCGCCCGUAGUGAUGAGGAUGCAGGCCACUACGAUGCCAGCAAUCAUCCUGCUUUUCCGUCCGUCCCGAUGCGACGAGAUACUAUUUAUGUAAAGCCGACAGGGUACUUUGUUAUCCGGUUCAGAGCAGAUAAUCCAGGAGUAUGGAUCUUCCACUGUCACAUCGAAUGGCAUAUGGACGCUGGCCUUGCCGUCGUUCUAGUAGAAGCACCACUAGAAUUGCAAAAAACACUUACAAUUCCAGACGACCACUGGCAGGCCUGUGAUGCAAGUGAUACUCUCAAAGAAGGCAACGCGGCAGGGAAUGCAAAGGACUUUUACGAUCUAACAGGGGAGAAUACCUCAGUUCCACCACUUCCCGCUAGCUUUACGGCCCGAGGCAUUGUAGCCUUGGUGUUUAGCUGCAUUGCAGCAAUUCUAGGCCUGAUGAGCAUUGUCUGGUACGGUAUGGCACCGAUUACUAGGACACAACCAUCAACCGAUGAGAGGCGGGAAGUAGAGAGUAACUAGAUGAGUGAUAUGUCGCUUUCUAACGGAAAACCACAUUCUUCCCUCCAAUCCUUGACACGGAUAGCACUACGUUUAAUUCGGAAAUCGCUCUUAUUUAGAAGCCGUAGAAGAAUGACCACGAAUGUUUCUAACUGGAUACUCCGCCAACGCAUAGAAUUUUAGUCUAAAUAGCAGCAAUACACUCAAUUUCCACAUCUGUAUUCAAGGGUAACGUCUUAACAGCCACACAUGUCCGACAGGGCUUCACAUCUCCCCAAUACUGCAUAUACACGGAAUUCAUCUUGUCGAAGUCACUCAUAUCAAACAGAAAGACGUUUACCUUGAGGACCUUCGUGAUAUCGCUACCGGCGGCUUUGAGGACGUGCGAGAGGUUCUUGAUGCAUUGGUGCGUAUGAGCUUCGAUGUCUCCGUCGACAAUCUUGCCGGUUUCUGGAUCCAUGGCGACCGCACCGGAACAGUAUACGACGCCAUUGGAGACGAUGGCCUAGGAGUAGAUUCCCGGGAGAGGCUUGGGUGCUUUCUCGGUGAGGAUUGGGAUUUUGGUAGCCAUAUUGU